CAACCAUUGAAAGACUUCCUGUGCAUUGAAAAACGAUUAUUUUAAAAAAUAUGGUCAAAAGUCAUUCGUACUCUAGCAGUGAAGAGGAUAGUGAGCAUACUCACAAGAAGAAACACUCAAAGAAACGUCACAAGGAAUCAAAGCGCAAACGACAGCAUGACAGCUCCCCAGGAGAACAGUAUGAAAGAAAACUAAAAAUAAAAGCAGAACCUGUUUCUGAUAAUGACUUUGGUGUGGAAAGCAGAUCAAGGGUAAAACAUGAACGACAUCGUGCAACCAAGCGUGAACAGGCUGAUUCUGAUGAUGAAAGGUACAGUAGACAACACAUGAAAGAAGAGGAAUCUACUGGUACCAGUAGACACAGGGAUGGGCAUCGAGGUGGAAGAAGGGAGAGAGACAGAGGUCAGCAUUAUGAUAGACACAGUCAUCAUGGGCAUGUGCGAGUUAAACAGGAACCUCCCGACAGUGACGAGGAAAUGAGGAACCAACGGGAGGAGAGACGGGGGCAUGAUCAGAGACGGAGGGAAAACAGACAGAGAAGGGAGGAAAUGCCAGAGAGUCAGAGGUUUGGGAGGGGUGCCACUCAGGCAGAAGAGGGUAGAGACACUCAGGAGGGGGCUGCAGGGCAAGACAAUAAUGAUGCUCCUAAUUUUGAACUAUCUGGCAAGCUCACUGAAGAUACAAACACUUACAAAGGUGUGGUGAUUAAGUACAACGAGCCUCCUGAGGCUAGGAAGCCUAAGAAAAGAUGGAGGUUGUAUCCAUUUAAGAAUGAUGAGCCUUUGAAACCAUUUCACAUGCAUAGACAGAGCGCUUUCUUGUUUGGGAGAGAUAGAAUAGUUGCUGACAUUCCUGUUGAUCACCCUUCAUGCUCUAAACAACAUGCUGUUUUUCAGUACAGGAUGGUACCCUAUGAAAAGCCAGAUGGCCGGAAGGCAUAUAGAAUUGCCCCAUAUAUAAUUGAUCUUGAUUCUGCCAAUGGAACAUUUGUGAACAAUAAGCAGAUCGAGGGGAGGCGGUAUUUUGAACUCUUUGAGAAAGAUGUGAUCAAGUUUGGGUUUAGUUCCAGGGAAUAUGUUCUACUUCAUGAUAAAUCGAACACUGAUGAAGUGGCUUCAGAUGAAUCAGAUUAAAGUUUUUAAAAUGUAAAUUCAAACUGCUAUAAUUAUAUUUAUGCUACCAGGAGUAGCUUUAAAUAUGUACAUGUAGCAAAUAAAAAAUAAAAUAGUUCAUUAGUUUUAAAUAAUAAUAAUAUGUAAUUAAAAUAGUUCAUGAGUUGUAAAUAAUAAUAACAUCUGAUUAUAAUUAAUUUGCCUUAGUGGUCACAUAGUUUUGUUAACACACAGAUGAAUUAAUUGUACAUACUUUUUCUUUUUUAAAUGAAUAAUUUUCAGUAUUUUAAACAACUGAAUUAAACUGCAACAUGCUUAGUUGAUAAUGUAAUAAAUUCAUAUAAUCUUACCAAAAUGAUAAUGUUAUUAAAAUAAAUUGAAUAUGGUGAUUUUUUAAAAGGAAUACUUAUUACAAAAUUUUGUCCAAGUAAAUAAUAUUAUGACACGCGACUUUUUUUAUACCAUUUAUUUUAAAUCAUAUUUGCUGAACUCAUCUGUUUAGCAAACAUCAUUUCAUGAUAUAUAAACAAUGUUGCUUUGGUUUUGAAUUAAUUUAAUACAAAAAUAAUUUAUUGACUUAUAAAAUAAAGGGAAACUCUUAUUUGAAGACUUAAAUUGAAUAAUCACUCAUGUUCGAUGAUAUUGUUAUCCUUACAGCAUUUAACUUACACACAAAAAUGUGACUCGAUGUGUUAGGGUUCUGAAGAGAACAGGGUGCUGCAAAAGAGGGUCUGCCGGGGCUAAUGGAAAAAGGGCACAUUGUAUCAUGUGGUGAAAAACUCGAAUAUUAUGAAUCUGCUAGAAAUUGUUUGAAAUUGUGUUUAAUUGUAAGUAAUAUCAUGUUUCAACUGUCAAAUAUGUGAAGUUUGUAUGUAUUUACAGUGAUUUUUUUUGGUGCCAUUUACUGCCUUCUUAAGGCUAUUUCCCCUUGCGAAAAACUGUCCAUUUUUCCCAAAUUUUAAUAUUUUUUUCCCAAUUAGAUAAAUGUAGAUUACAGUAAUAAAUAAAAAGCAAUGAAUUUCUUGAAAUAUAAACAAAAUCUUGACAAGACUUACUCUUUCACAGCAUAAUGUAUGCAUAAAAAAGUUAAAACAUGUAUAUUUGCCAUUAUUAUUAUAUAUUAGCUGUUUUGUAUUUUUCCGAAAGUCAACUUGUUUUCCCAAUUUCCAAGGCGCAGGAGGUAAAAUAAUUUCCAAAAAAUCACUGAUUUAUAAACAUAUUAUAAGUUGCAAACUUGCAAUCAAAACAAAAGAAAUGCUUUACAGUCUUAAACAUUUAAUUCUAUGAAGGCAGAAGGGUGCUAAUGCUGGUCUCCAUGAGGGCAGAAGGGUGCUAAUGCUGGUCUCCAUGAGGGCAGAAGGGGAUAUAAAAAAAGAUCAGGGUGCAGCACCCUUCACCAACUCUUUAGCUAAAACCCUUGGUACUAGAGCUACUAAAGCACAUGUUCUAUUUUAGUUGUAGCAGUUUAUUUUAAAGUUGGUUAUCACUUUUGAGAAAAAAUAUGCCAUUAAAUUCAUGUUGUUUUCAUAAAUAAUGAUUUCACAAGCUGAACAUUUUUUGUAUUGUCAUAUAUCAAACAUUAUUUGUGUAGUCAUGUUCAUAUGUGUUUAUAUUUUUAUAAAUCAUUUUGUCACAUCAAGUGUAAGGCAAUUUCAAAAUAAUAAUGUAUGAUUUUUCAGAACUUGUUUAAAGCUAAUAAUGUUGUUAAAGUCAUUGAUGUUUUAUAUUUCAAAUCUGUAUUGCCCCAAAACUAGCACUUGUCAGAGUGCUCUGCAGUAUUUUUAUGAAGGUUUGAGACCACUGUUUCAUCUGUACAUGUUUUAUUUAAAUACAUGAGCUUAUCAUUUAUCAUUCAAAGUUCAUUAUCUUGUCACCUGUUGAAGUUAUCAAUGAUGUUGUUAACAAUGUUGUUACUUCAAAGUUCUGAACAAUCAGGCCAAUGUAACAUAAACAAUGUUCUCUUAUUCAUUUGUCAAAGGAAAUACUUGAUGGGGAUAUUAAAUGUGUUUAUAAAUGGAUAUAUUUUCGACAAGAAAACAAAAAAUAGUACAAAAAUAUUCAAAUUUUCCAUAUUCAUUUGUUUAAAAAAUCAUAUUUUUUUAUGUUUAUUUUAAGUAAUUAGGGUUUAUCCAGGUUAUAAAAAGAACAGGGUGCUUAGGAAAUGAGACAGGGUUAAAAGAACACAUUGCAUAGCCCUUUGGAAAACUUUGAUAAUAUAUAUUUGACAAUUAUUUUUUUUAGAAAUGUGUUAAAUGAAGUAGGUCUAGUCUUCAACUUGAAGAUAAAUUAAGUUUAUAUGUAUUUAUAAUCGUAUAACAAGCUCUUUACAGUCAUCGAAAUUAGACUGGAGUAUGAACAAGUCCGAAUUCUUAUAUUAUAAUUAAUGCUUGGCAUAAAGAUUUUGAACAAGCCCUGCUAUAUAAAAUUCAGAAUUUAAGCAAGCCCAGAAGACAUAUUACCAGUGCAGGGCUUGCGAGCUUGUGUUAAUUUCGACCACUGUCUUUAAUGGCACAGGAAAUAUUUGAAUUUCUAAACCUUACAAUUUUUAAUUAAAAGGAAGAAGGGUGCCCACAUUGGUCGUCAAGAGGGCUUCAAGAUAGGUGCUACCAAAAAAGGACAGUGUCCAAUAAAUUAUAAGUCCUUAGCUAAAACCCUAUAAGUUGUAUGAAGAUUACAUUUUUACAAUUUGUCAAUGAUGUAUUGUGGAAAUAAAUAAGAUAAUAUGACAAUAUUCUUAUAUUUGUAUUCAUUCAAUCUGGAUGGAUAGGUUAGCUGUCUUGUUCAUGUCAAAUUUAUUCCAUAGUAAACAUUAGUCAAGGUGCAG